AUGAACAGGCAAGCACACAGCGAAUUGGCUUUCAGAUAUUCAUGCUUCGAAUCUGGCAGCCAUACGUGCGAUAUCGAGGAGAAGCAGGGUUGUGGAACGGAUACCUUGCUAUAUCAGGCGAAAGUGGAAAUCCCCAAGUGCUAUCCGGAUGGCGAUUACGUUCUUUCGUGGGCUUGGUUUGGUGGCCUGAGUAUGGGCAGCUCUCUCUUUGGCGACUACUAUAGUUGUUCCUUUGUUCAAAUUCAAGGUGGCGAGAAGAAAGACAAGUGCGAGCCACGGUUUCAGCCUGGAGAGAACACUCGUAAACCCGACAGUUGCUAUUCAUCGGUGGGCGCAGUUGGCAUAUGUGAGAAAGAGCCAUGCUUGGGGCGUAAGGGAAAGGCGAUCAAGCCAUCUGCAUUUCUGAAACCUCAGACGUCCUUACCGAUACAGAAAUGGAUUGAUUAUGCAAACUCGCUUAAAGACCAAGAACGCGGGGAGUCGAAGGGAGUGGCUGCAUUAUCUGAAAAGUCUGGUCCGCACAAAGGCUCCAUGUCAAGGAAUGUUACUCUCAUUCCUUCUCCCUCACCUUUGCCAUCUCACCGCAUCGCCCCUUCUCCCACACCUAUCAAACGCCUAGAAGACGUGCCGGUCAAGAUCCUUGGACUGAGAAUGGUCAACACAGAUAACAGUGAAGUAAUGGCUGAGGAGUUUAUGAUGCCGAUAUUCGUAAACCCGGACAUUUCGAACUUUACAUUUGUAGCCCUAACAUCUGGAAAAAUCCGUUUCGUGACCUUCUACGUCAAUAAGUCGUUUGUGAGGAGAGAGGGGAUGGAACCCUACGCCUGUUGGGGGGACACACGUGGAAAGUUCAAACCGUGGCCGAUCCCGGUUUUUGGAACGGUCGAGGUCCGCGUGGAGGCUCGCGGAAAGAAUGGGUCAGGGGACACUAGAACAUUCACAAUACGUCUUGUGAAACUACAAGAGCAACAAGAAGCUUUCUAGGUUAGGCGAGUUGGGUUACUUCACGCUCAUCUCUCAUGCUGUUGAAGGCAUGCCGGGAUUUUGUAGCAUAGAGAGACCACAAACAGCCUGCCAUUGAAACUAGGUCAUAUCCUUAAGCGUAACUUGUUUAAAACAAGUGGAAGCGAACGAGGAAUCUCCCUCAACAUCCUUAAACUUUACCUUUUGCCCGUUA